AUGGAGAAGGUACGUGCCUCCGGUGCCUGCUUCAACUGUCUUCGUAAAGGACACGGUUCCAGAGAAUGCUUAUCGACAAAAUCAUGCCAGAAAUGUCAGAAACGGCAUCAUACGCAGCUUCAUAAUGACGAGGUAAAGCAAGAACCGAAACCCAACAUAUCCGUUUUGGUCCAAGAUGCCAAGAUGCCAAGAUCAGAUCUGACCAAGGAGUCAUAUUUUGGAUCGUCAGCUGCAACAGAGAUUCCAACCACAUCCUUCUCAUGCAAUUAUGCACAUUCUACAAAAACAGUGUUCUUGUUAACUGCUGUUGUGAAAGUAUUAGACAAAAACGAUCAGCCGCAUUCGUGUCGUGUUCUCUUGGACAGCGGAUCCCAAGUCAACUUUGUUACAGAUGAGUUUGCAAGCCGCAUUGGAAGUCAAAGGCACCGUGUAUCUGUCCCAAUUAGAGGAAUAAACGAUGUCAAAACGGUCGCCAAUGAUAAGGUGGUAGUCAAGUUCCGAUCCCGCAUCACAGACUAUCAAGCACAAGUGCAAUGCCUUGUAACGCCAAAUGUGACUGGAGUAAUUCCUGCAUCAAAAGUAGAUACUUCGUCAUGGAAUAUACCAUUCGGCGUGCAACUAGCUGAUCCGGAAUUCUACAAACCGAAAAAAAUAGAUAUGCUUUUGGGUGCAGAAUUAUUUUUCCAACUACUCCGUCCAGGGCACAUAAAACUCGACGAUGAAUUUCCGGAUCUACAUGAAACAACCCUAGGAUGGGUGGUGGCUGGCGUCUUCAGAGGAAAAUCAAUGGAAAGCCAAGUUCAACAUUCAUUCAUAGCAUCCUUGGAUGAAGUCGAAGAAGCUAUUCAACGUUUUUGGCAGAUUGAAGAAGUGCCAACCGUAAGUCCAUUAACCAGUGAGGAACAAGAGUGCGAAGCUCAUUUCGUCGCCACUCAUCAACGGACAAGCGACGGACGAUACAUGGUAAGGCUGCCUUUUAGAGCAAACGUCAAGGAGGUAAGUGACUGCCGGUCAGUGGCUUUGAAGAGAUUCCAAAUGUUGCAACAUAGGCUUCAACGGGAUUUAGAUUUGAAAGAGCAGUAUAUACAAUUCAUGCGUGAGUAUGAAGAAUUAGGACACUGUAGAGAAAUCCAAGAGGAAAAAGAUGACCCGAAUCAGCAAUAUUAUUAUCUUCCGCAUCACGCUAUACUACGUCCGUCCAGUUCUACUACCAAGUGCAGAGUAGUAUUCGAUGCUAGUGCUAAACCUACCGAGGCUAGUCUAUCGCUUAACGAUGUGCUUCAAGUGGGUGCAACAAUACAGAAGGAGCUAUACGAUAUAAUGCUGAAGUUCUGUACGCACCGGAUCGCAUUUACUGCCGAUGUGCCAAAAAUGUAUCGACAGAUAAACAUGCAUCCACAAGAUACACCAUUUCUACGUGUCUUUUGGCGAGAGCAACCAUAUGAUAAAAUUCGGGUCUUGGAGCUUACAACGGUAACGUACGGGACAGCAGCAGCUCCGUUUCAAGCCACCAGGUGCUUGAAGCAACUAGCUGAAGACGAAGCAUUCGAUUUUCCUGUCGGUGCAAGAAUUGUCAAGGAGGAUUUUUACGUGGACGACGUUCUUUCUGGGGCAGAUUCACUUGCAGCGGCCAUCGAAGCAGCAGAUCAACUGAGGGGCAUCAUGAAGAAAGGAGGAUUUUCUCUUCAUAAAUGGUGCUCCAAUUCAAAACCCUUCUUAGAACACAUACCAAAGGAUCAACAAGAGCAACUGAACGGUUUGGAAGAAAGCGGACCAAACAGCGCUAUAAAGGUACUUGGUUUACUAUGGGAUCCAAGGGAUGACAUUUUCCGCAUAGCUAAACCCGUUCAACGUGACAUACAACAUCGUGCUACCAAAAGGAUCAUAUAUUCCGAAGUGGCAAAACUAUUUGAUCCGCUAGGACUUAUCUCACCAGUAAUUGUCGUCGCUAAACUCCUUGUCCAGCAACUGUGGAAAUGUAAAGUUGCUUGGGAUGAUCCAGUGAACCAGGAAAUUCAGGAUGCUUGGGACAAAUUUUCAAGUGCAUUAUCAGCUCUGGAGAAAAUUUCAAUUCCUAGACGGAUAACGUUCAACGAUGCAAUAUGCUAUGAAUUACACGGGUUCGCCGAUGCAUCCGCUUUGGCGUAUGGUGCGUGUAUUUAUAUCAGAAGCAUUUUCGCCGAUGGAUCAGCUAAAUUAAAACUUGUCACUAGUAAAUCGAAGGUUGCACCGUUACAUGAGCUGUCGACACCCGGAAGGAAUUAUGUGCUGCUUUACUGCUAA